AGACUCUAUUCAAGCUACAGCAGCUGCAGAUCUCUCAGUCCGUCCUGUCUUUGAACUUGCAAGUCGCAGCCACAGCUGACCGCACAGGUCACUUCUUAACCUCUGAUACCUUCAACCAACAGGCUCCUUUCACCUCUGUCGACUCCCUGCACUUUCCACGUGACUGCUGGAGCUGCCCUUGGUGCUGAAACGCUACCUUGACCUGUUGUGCUGAAUUCUGCAAACUUCCUUGGAUGUUGGCGGAGGUUAUGGCAUGUGAUAUGGUGGCAUGCAGAUGUUCUUACUGCUGCAGGGUCUGGCAUGUGGAAUUUUGCUGAUGGUGCAGAUGUGAUGUGAAGAGGGCUUGGGAGUACACAUGAAUGUCGCCUUCAUCUACCCAGGGCUGAGGAGGAAGACAAGGGAUGCUGUUGAUCCCCUCCAGAGAGAGUUUUUGGCACCAGGAGAUGUUUCUGAUCGGCCUUUUGAUUGCUUUACGGGAAUCCAUGGCAGCCCCAACCCCUACAGCUGAGGAUAUAAAUCGGGGAGUUGAUUGGUUGACUAAAUUUGGAUACCUGCCCCCACCCGAUCCUGUUACGGGGCAACUGCAGACGCAGGAAGAACUGUCUAAAGCCAUCAGGGCAAUGCAAGAGUUUGGUGGCCUAAAAGCUACUGGGAUUUUAGAUGAACCCACUUUGGAGCUGAUGAAAACCCCUCGUUGUUCCCUGCCUGACCUGUCCCACUCACAAGCUUUAAGAAAAAAACGAAGCGCCCAGCCCCUGACAAAGUGGAGUAAAAGGAAUUUGUCCUGGCGGGUUCGGAAUUUCCCUAAAGAGUCUUCACUUGGACAUGACACUGUACGGGCACUGAUGUAUUAUGCCCUUAAAGUUUGGAGUGAUAUCACCCCACUGAACUUUCAUGAGGUGGCUGGGAAUAAUGCAGAUAUUCAAAUAGAUUUCUCAAGGGCUGAUCACAAUGAUGGAUACCCAUUUGAUGGUCCUGGGGGGACAGUAGCUCAUGCCUUCUUCCCAGGGGAACAGCAUACAUCUGGAGACACUCACUUUGAUGAUGAAGAAUCUUGGACUUUCCGAUCAUCAGAUAUUCAUGGCAUGGAUCUGUUUGCUGUAGCAGUGCAUGAAUUUGGCCAUGCCAUUGGACUGACUCACAUUUCAGAUAUGGAGUCCAUCAUGAGACCUUAUUAUCAAGGACCCGUGGGUGACCCUUUAAAGUAUGAUCUGCCAUUUGACGACAAAGUCAGAAUCUGGCAGCUAUAUGUGUCCUACAUGGCUUCUAAUCCUUCACCCUCUCUCACUCCAGGGGUCCGAGAGUCUGUGUCCCCCACGGCAAAACCGGAUGUAUCAAAAACAGAGGAUCAUCCUUUUCUGCCUGAUCUGCCAGAAAACCGCUCUGCCAUUCAGCCAAGGAAGGACGAGCCUGACCGAUGUAGCACACAUUUUGAUGCAGUUGCUCAGAUCAGAGGAGAAGCAUUCUUCUUUAAGGGCAAGUAUUUCUGGAGGCUCACACGAACAAAGCAUUUGGUAUCCCUCCAGCCGGCUCAGAUCCAUCGCUUCUGGAGAGGUCUCCCACUGAACCUGGAUAGUGUGGAUGCUGUGUACGAAAGAAUUCCUGACCAUAAGAUUGUUUUCUUUAAAGGAGACCGGUACUGGGUUUUCAAAGAUAAUAAUGUGGAGGAAGGAUACCCAAGACCAAUCACAGACUUUGGAUUGCCACUGGGAGGUGUGGAUGCUGCCUUCUCUUGGUCUCAUAAUGACAAGACAUAUUUUUUUAAAGACAAUCUUUUCUGGUCGUAUGAUGACAAAGAGCAUAGGAUGGAUGAAGGGUAUCCUUUAGAGACCCUGCUGUGGAAGGGCAUUCCGGUUUCUUUGGAUGAUGCUAUGGGAUGGUCUGAUGGAGCAACUUAUUUCUUCAGAGGUAAAGAGUACUGGAAGAUUGUGAACAGCAACAUGGAGGCAGAACAAGGCUAUCCACAAUCCACUGCAAAGGACUGGCUUGUUUGCAGCGAUAUGCUUUCAGAUGGACCUAAUUCUGAAAGUACCCAGACUGGUGCUCAUUCCAGGCAAGGACAUCAGGAUGAGAGCAGGUCAGAAAAUGGCUAUGAGGUCUGUUCCUGUACAUCCUCAGCCGGAUCUCUUUUUGGGAAUGCAUACGACGACCUUUUGUGGUUCCUGUCUAUUAUUCACUUGUUCACAGCAGCCUUGAUCUCUGUCCUAUGAUGUCAUGAUCUAAUGGACUCUAUCACACAAAAGACUUAAGGAUCAAGAAGUGGGAUCCCGAGUGCCGCACUAAUGUUGGCCAAACAUUCCGAGGAGCUUGGAAGUGAAAGAUACCAAAUUCUCCAUGAGAAAUUACCUUUUAUUUUUAAGAUAGUAUUCUGUAAAACAGUGCUCAAAUUAUUGGAACACUGGAAAGGCAAUAGUCACGGAAUAGAUAAGCAAAAUUCUAUUGUAGCCAUGUGCCUCCUAAUGGUCUUAAAUGGGUUUCUGCGAUAAACAUUUACUGAGCAGGGCAUAGAUCUAAAAGAUGUGAAAGAUCAGAAGUGUUCUCUCUUUGCCAAAGGUUUUGUUAACAAAUUCCAAAGCGUCAACGUUUAAAAAGUAAGGUGACAUGUAUUAGGUUCUUUGUUUUAGUCAUUUGCAACAAGUAAAUUCCCAAGCGGCUUAGCCUUCCCAGUGGUUAUACAGGAGGAGAUAGCAGAGGAUGUCCCAGUAAUCUGAGCACUGCCAAGUGGAUUCUGUAAUAGUGCUUAUUCGGAUAUUUGAAAACUGGUUGUACAAUAAAGAGGCACGUCUUGUUUACACCAACAUGUUUAAAGCAAUGGCUUUGUUAAAAAGCCUCAAACCGUUGUUUGCUAACAGUCUUUAAUGCUUGUAAAAUGGUCCUAUCCCUUUUCAUAACAGAGUGAAUUCCGUACGUCAAUUUAACAGCCCUCACUUACUAACAUCUGAAAAGUGAAAUGUGAACGUUUUUGAAUUUGUUUACGAAUGUGCCCAUUUAAUACACCAAAUGCACCCGUUUUCAUGUCUUAGUAAAUAAUAUGCAGUAUACUGUAUAUAUAUAUAUUUAUUUAUUUUUAUAUAUUACUGAUUUUAUGCAGUGUGUUACAUGGAUUGUCUGGCACAGCGAGUCUUUGUCAGUUUAUAGCCUAGUCACUUUUACCUGGAACACAGCGCCCCAAGCUCAUAGAUGCUCCCAUCAGAAAGCUUCCCUGAAUAUAUUUUUUCCAUCUUCUGCCCACACUGUCCCAACAACAGUAAGCAAAAUGGAAAAACCCAUUGGUUAUAACUGGGUUCCAAGGUAACAUUGCAAACCUAGUAGUCUAUGUAUAUUAUUAAGUGCAAAUACUUUUCAAAACAUCAGAAAUGGAAUCAGAUUGAAUGAAUUUAUGGAGCUACCUACAGCAUUUAGAUUGGGAGAUGACAUAACAACAAGUGGCAGAGAAAUACUAUGCAUUUGUUGUAGUAGGACAGGCAUGUUAACAUAUUUAACUUAGUUUGCAAUUUUACCUUCAGCUGAAGAGACUUUCCUAAUGUUGUUUACUAUUGUUAUUGUAAGAACAUUUGUUACAUGAAGUUAAAUGCCAAUAUAUUGAUAAAGCAUCAAAUAUAAUUGAUAUGCAUACUGCAAAAACUGUUUAUUAAUACAUUGCCACAAACUGUUUAAUCUACUUAGAAACGGCUGCACGUGAUCUAGACAGUGUCUCACUUAGUUCCCUAUACCUCCAGGACCCUUCAGCAGAAAUAGGGUCUGUUUCUUCAUUAGUUAUGCCCCUCACUGGUGAUGUAUGCUCUAUUCAGUCUACUGAAACAGAAUAAAGAAUGCUAGAAAAUA